AUGGAGGUGGACAGCCCAAGCAGCCCGUCAUCGACGCCCGCGGAGGAUAGACGCAAAUCUGGCCGGCAAAGGCGGCGACCCGAAAUUUUCUCCCAAAGUACCCACUCAGCAGAGAUCAAUGCUAGGAACAAGCGCAAGCGUGGUGACGCGCACGAUGCCGCGGAACAUGACGAGGACUCGGACGAGUCCGACAGUGACGACGUGGACGACUCGGAGGCCGACGAGGAGGAGCUGAGAGAAAAGCGUCGCGCAGCCCGCAAGACCGGCACAAAGUCCACAGCCAAGAAGGGUUCGCGCUCGGCAAAGAAGCCAAAAGUCGCAGGUAAUGGAGUGGGUAGACAGCUGGCCUUCCGGCCUGCCCUCAAUGGUCGACUUCCAGCUUCGCGUCCCCGUAAGCCCAGGAUUCGACCCAGUCUGGCUGCGGGUGAGCGUGGUUUGUUUGCGGAGGUUUUCGGAAAGAGCAACAACGCCGACACGGCCGCUGCGCAAUGGCUGAAUCAAUAUCAACGCAACAGUGGACAGGCUAUGCAGGACCUGAUCAACUUCAUUAUUCGGUGUACCGGUGCCGACCUCGAAAUCAGCAAGGAGGAAACGGAAGACGUGGACCACGCCCCAGAGCGAAUCAGAGAUCUACAGAACAUCUAUCAGGCACAAGGCUUUACCGAGUACCCUCUCAUCUCCCGUGAGAAAAAGUUCCGAGCAUUCCAACCUGUCCUCGAGGAAUUUAUGACCGCACUCAUCCAGACUUUCCACCACUCCUCGGUCCUGUACACAGAUGAAGCCCUGCUGGAGAACGUCCAGAUUUGGGUGUCUUCUAUGUCGACAGCGAAUUGUCGCCCGUUCCGACACACGUCGACGAUUAUCUCACUGGCAAUCAUGAAUGCUCUCUGCGAUAUCGCACGAGAAGUGACGACCACCGUGACGACUUCCCGCAAGCAGCUCGAAAGCGAAAAGAAAAAGAAGUCAGUCAACAAAGGACGGGUGGAAGCAAUUCAGACAGCUAUCUCUGAAGGUGAGCAGAAGGUGGAGCGCCUAGACGAGUUUUUGCAAGAUGGAUUCGAUACCGUCUUUGUUCACCGUUAUCGUGAUGUGGAUGGGGGCAUCCGUGCCGAGUGCAUGGAGGCCCUGGGCCGGUGGAUUCGUACCUACCGAGAAAUCUUCCUUGAGGGACAAUAUCUGCGGUAUAUCGGAUGGACGCUCGCCGAUGUUGUGGCCCACACCAGACUUGUUGCCUUGACGCAAUUGCUCCCUCUCUAUGAGAAUAAAGAUAAUAUCGGCGUUCUCCACUCUUUCACGGAGCGAUUCCGCCAGCGUGUUGUUGAAAUUGCAGUUCAAGAUGCCGACGUCAACGUGCGUGUGGUGGCUGUCGAGCUACUCAACCACCUUAGAGAAGGUGGCCUGCUCGAAGCCGACGACAUCGAUGCCGUUGGCCGGCUUGUCUUUGACGUCGAUCCUCGUGUUCGGAAAACAGCAGGCCAGUUCUUCGUCGCCAAUGUUCAGGAUGCGUUUGACUCGGCAACGGAGGAACUGGGAGAUGAGCUCAACGACACGCUUGCAGAUGACGAUGACGAUGACUUCGAGAUACCUAAGCAAUCGUGGAUCAAGUUCAAGUGUCUCGUUGACAUCUUCUAUAACUAUGAUUCACAAGAGACCGACGAAACCGAAAAGGAGCCCACAACCCGCAAUGUGCUUUUGGGAGCGCCGGCCGAUUCCCGAUUUGUUCUGGCAACUGAAGCCAUCUACCCUCACAUGGAGGAGCUCUCUCAAUGGCAGUCGCUCGCUGGUUAUUUGCUCUACGAUCACUCUCAGAUCGCUGACCAGGCUUCUGAUGACGAUACAUCAGGAACUGUCCGGUCUCUGUACAAGCUUGCCGAGGGACAAGAAUCCAUUCUUUUGGAAGUUCUCGGAGCUGUAGUCAGACUUCGGGUGCUCGAUAUCGCCAAGUCUGACAUCGACAAGCGAGGGCGGAAGGUCAAGGCAUUGACUGCCAAGAUCCCAGAGCUCCAGGAGGAGAUCUCCCAUAGCCUUGCGCAGAUCAUCCCGCAACUCCUGAAGAAGUUUGGUUCUUCCCCUGAAACAGCGUCCGCUGUGCUGCGGUUGGAGCACUUCGUGGAUCUUGAUUCAAUCCAGGACCUUCAGAAGGAUGCCACAGCCUACACGGCCCUGCUAAACGACAUCAACAAGCAGUUUUUGACGCACUCGGACCAGGAUGUCCUGGCUGAAGCUAGUUUGGCCUUCUUACAUGCGAAAAGCUCCGACGAAAUGCGGGAGGCGCUAGAGGGCAAGAUCCAGGAACUAUGGGAAAAAAUGGUGGAGUCACUCGGCUCAUUGUCUCGCAAGAAGGAAGUUCAGGUUGGUGGCUACAUUCCUGACUCAACCCUCACCGAUCUCGCCAACACUGUGAUGCGUAUUUCCAAUCUCGCCGGCAUCACGGAUUGCACGACUAUUCUGGAGACCGUGCCUACUUCGCGCUCGAAAUCCAAGAAAGACCACGUCGAAGCUCCCUUCAAUACUCUCAUUCACCUUGCCAAUCGUGGUGUUCGCAAAACAGACGAUGAGGAGGAUACUGCGACGGAGACCGAGCUGGUGUCAAAUAGCAUCCGCACCUUGCUCUUCUAUUUCAUGUGGAAGGUCCAAGGAUUGACUGCUGCACUGAAAGACGGAAAGGCCAACUUCAACACAUCAUACUUCGAAACACUCACAAAGAGCCGUGAGACUUUCAUGUCGACGCUUCUCUCCAUCAUGGGAGGACGCUCCGGCCUCGACGAUCUGCGAUUUAUUGCUACCACAACCUUCCUGGACUUACAAACUUUGUUUGGCACUCUCCGCAAUGUCGGCCAGGGUGUAGGUAACGACGAAGAUGUCAUCUUCCAGACACAAAGCCUCGUGCAUGAAGCGUCGGCCGAGGCCCAGACUCUCAUCACCAAGAUCCACAGCAUCGCGGAGCGCAACUUUGCCAAGAAAUCCCAGCGAGACCUCGAACCCGGCGAAGAUGACGCCCCGGCAUCUGAAGAUGAGCCCGAGGACGAGGACGAAGCCAGUGACUCAGAGGACGAGGCAGUCAUCAACGAGCGUCUCCGCAGCAGCAUCAUGGCCGAGCAACGCCUAUGCGAGCUCACCGGCAAGCUUGUACUGGCCAUCAUCGGCCGUGUCGUCGACUCAUCCGGCUCGAAGCGUGGCUCGCUGAAAAAAAGCCUCCUCCGCAACAAGACUGCUCUCGGUCAAAACUACCGCGAAGUCCUCUCAUACCUCGAAGAGCGCAAGCCCCGCAGCGCACCCCGCAAAAAGAGCAAGCAGCCCGCCAAGAACGCAGCUGCCGAUGACCAAGCGCCAGCAACUUCAGGAAAAGACUACAAAUCAGCCGAGCGUAUCGAUGACGAUGAUAAUGAGGAGGGGGACAAUGCCGAUCCCAUUGAAGAGGAUGACGAGGAAGACCUGCGAGCUCGUGAGCUUGUCGAAGAAGAUAUCGAUCAUGGUAAUGACGACAACGAGGACAAUGAUCGGGCCCCUGAAUCGGACGAGGAUGAGGUCAUGGGCGAUUAG